GUAGGAUCUUGCUCCGCAGCUUCUAUUUGCGUUCCACUUUUUUUUGAGCCCAGGAAAUGAUGGAUCCCAGUCUGCUGGAAGCCGUUUGGAUAGAGGGGAUUUUUUAUUAAUGAGAAGGAGAACAUUGACUGGAAGUUGUUGAAGUGUUUUUGGAUGUUUUGCAGUGGAAUGGGCCUCAAACACAUGUGUCUGCUGCUCUGUGCAGCUUCCCUGACAGUUUCUGGAGGUUUUGGUAAAGAUGGGAACAGCGAGGCGUACGUGUGGACCAGGCAGAGCGUCCCGGUGCUGCUGGACACACACACGCAGCUUUUAAACACCCCUUUGUUCAGAGGGCAGGAGGAGGAUGAGGAGAAAGGAAGGGCAAAGACACUCUGUGGGAUAGAGUGUCAGGGCGGCCUAACACCUAUCGACCAGACUGAGCAAGAGAGGCUUCUGGGAUAUGAGACGAUGUAUGAGAACGGCACGCGCACACACACAAAUAUCAGUUUGCAGGGUUUUAAUAAGACGUCUGCAAGAACACCAGCCCAUUCACAAACAAGUACCCGGAGGAAACGACAGAUUUACGGAGCAGAUGGACGCUUUGUGAUCUCUGAUACGCAUUUUAUCACCAACUACCCGUUCUCGACUGCAGUUCGCCUCUCCACAGGCUGCUCCGGAGUCCUGGUGUCUCCGAAACAUGUGCUGACGGCAGCACACUGCAUCCACGAUGGGAGUGACUACCUAGAGAGUGCCAGCAGGCUUAAAGUAGGAGUGCUGCAGCUCAAAACCAAAAAAAGAAGAGGAGGAAGGAGGAGAGGAGGGCGGCGGAGGGGUGGGAGGAGAGGAGAGGUGGAGACAGGUGAGGGGAAAGAAGAGCAGAUAAUGGAGGAAGGUGAGGAGCAGAAUAGUAUAGAUGGAGAUGUAGUGAGAGGAAGAAAUGGAGGCAAAGGUAGGAGACCCAGAGGAAGAAGAGAGAAAAAUCAUGUGUUGGCUGAUGAUGGAAAUAUAGAUGAGUUUGAAAGAGGAAGGAAACGAAAGCGUCUCAGCCGUGUUCGGCGCAGUGUUGAACCCAGAAGGCAGCCGGUCUUCCGUUGGACGCGGGUUAAACAAACCCGAAUCCCUCAAGGAUGGAUCCAAGCCAAGAGCUCCACCAACUCAGUUUCGUCUGACUACAAUUACGCCCUUCUGGAGCUGAAACGACAAAUCAAACAAAAGUACAUGAGGCUCGGAGUGGCUCCCUCUGAUGCUUCCCUGGCACGGAUCCACUUCUCAGGCUAUGAUGCUGACAAAAGCCUGCUGGACGGGCGUGGAGACGAGAAGGUGGUUUAUCGUUUUUGCUCUGUGGCAAAGGAGUCUGACGAUUUGUUGUACCAGCACUGUGACGCGCAGUCCGGCGCGACAGGUGCAGGUGUUUACAUUCGUCUGAGACAGGAAGCGGGAGAUGUAGACAGGAAAGGGAAGUGGCAGAGGAGGGUAAUCGGGGUUUUCUCAGGCCAUCAGUUGGUGGAGGCGGACGGAGGUGAGCUGAGGGACUUUAAUGUUGCUGUGAGGAUCACUCCUCCCAAGUAUGCCCAGAUCUGUCACUGGAUCCACGGAGAUCCAAGUUUUUGUGAAGAGGUCUGAACUUACAGAGCAAUGGAUCUCCAAGAGAAUAAAUCCGUUGUCACUUUCUACUAGACUCAAAGAUCAGGGCUGGUGUGUAUAAAACAUCAAAGAACUGGUCUUAAGAUGGUCAAAGCUCUGACUUCUGAGUCAGAACGUUUUUGGUAAAAAAGUAGGACUUAGAUGCUUUGCUUAAAUGCUGACUGCAGUGAUUCCUAAUUGUUGUAAAACAAGGACUACAAUCAUGUCCUCCCUCCCAAAAUGCCCUCAAGCACUGAAACAGCCAAUAGAGAGGCCCCCAUGCAUAUCUUGUCACAUCAUUCACUGUAACCAACAUUAUAUGUUUCAGUAUAUUGCAACAUACAAGAAGAAAGCACAUAAAAGAUUUUUUUGUGCAGUUAUAGUUACGAUAUCGAUAUGCAAUAUAUGGGAUAUUUAUCAUACAAAUCUUAAAUGAGCCCAAAGUAGUCAUAGUAGGCGUUGACCUAAAAAUGAACUAUUGCUUAAAAGAGAGCAGUAAAAUGAAAGCAAAAUGACCUUUUGGUCUUCUUAAAAAAUCUGAUGCCUUUAAACCAAAAUUUCACUCUGAGCAGCUUUAUACAUACCAGCCCAGGAGUGCCGACCUGAUGUGAAACCAGCUCACCUCUUCAGUGUCAGGCCGUAUCAGCAAACCUGUAAUCCAUGACUGUUGCAAAUGUCCCUGAUUCUGGAUCUGCAACCUGUUCAGUCAUUUAUCAGUUCAUUUAGAGACUGUCGAAAUCACAUGCUUAUGAAUGACUCAAAAAUGGCUAAAAACAUGCAAAGUGUCUAAAUUUGAGUUGGUUUUUUGACAGAAUUUCAUUGUUACCUUUUCUAAAGACCACAAUUGUUUGUCUGUCUUUGAAACACUUAAUUUAUAUCACUGUAAUUAACUGAAACUGUAAUUAUGUAAAGGGAAAGACAAAAUAUUAUUAUCUUCUCACAUGUUGAACAGUGUAAACUUCUUGCUUGUUCUUGUUUGUUUUUGCAGUACUGGUGAUAGCCUGUUGGUCCUUAUUCACUACACUUCAAGAAAAAUCUGAGUGUACACACACCACAUACACACACAUACAGUGUAUAUAUAUAUAUAUAUAUAUAUGUGUGUGUGUGUGUGUGUGUGUCAUAUUGUGUUGUAUUGUAAUUCUGCCUGUUAUUGACCUGGCCACACAUUUUCUUUUAACGCAAAUAAUUCAUGUUGACAAAACAAGCUGACGAAAGCAGACCAGAGAUAAGUGAUGAGCCGUGAGGAUUGUUUGGAUCAGUGUAUUUGUCUUUUAUUGCAUCUCAUUUGGACUCACAUGCAGGUGGGGGUGAGGGAGGGAGGGCGAUGCCAUCGAUAAUAACCCAAAAAAAGAAAAAAAAAGAAAGAAAAAAAAAACAUCACAGCCUUCAUAUGAAUACUUAGCAAACAUUAUUUAUCCACAUUCUUUUUGUUUUUAUGUAUCAUAGUCAUCUUUAUUUUUCUUUCAACACUUUGUUAAUGCCACAAUGGAUUAAGAUACAGUCACUUUUGGAAAUAAACAACACACAGAACAUCCAGCGUAUACUUGAGUACUUUACGGUGAGAGUCCCCAAGACUUCCAGUGACAGUACAUGAACAAAUGUACUGACCGCUGCUGCGUCACAAAUGACCCAAAGAGUACUGAGGCCACAUUCCAAUCACGUACACAGAUGCUUCCUUGUCUCUUUGAUUUCCACUUUAACAUGACGUCAUUUCGUGUGGAGACUGAGACAAAGAAAGGAGCUCUUAGAGAAUAUUAUGCAGAUUGCAUCUCAAAUUGACCUGUGUUGCAUGCUACAAUGCAGUAUCACUCCACACCAGCAGAGGGCGCAACAGUUAACACUCAGAGCAAAGUUUCCAUUCAAUACUGCCUCUGAUUACAGAUGUAUGUACAAAGGAGGGACGUUUUUGAGUCUACUUGCUUCUUUUUCAACGAUAUAAUUUGAUGUAACUAAAAAUAUAUGAUACACUUUUAUUCUCUCAAAAUAAAGAUUAAAGAAAAUAUGUAUAAUCUAUCAUUUAAAAUAGUCUAAAAUGCAUAUGUCAAUUUGAACACAUUUCACAAAUUUUUGCAUGUUCAUACAAUCCCUACAAAAAGAUAAAGUAAAAAUGAAACUGAACACUACGUGAUGUGUUCGAUGAUAAGUCCCGAUUUGCAGUGCAAGUGGUUUUCAGGUACAUUUUGAUUAAGAAUCGAUCUCCAAAAACUUGAAGUAGACAGGUGGGAGGAUGGAUGGCCAAGCAGAUAUAGGAACAACCAAGUCUUUAAUGACAUAAACAUAGCUCAGUAUUAGUUGGGACGACAGGGGUAAAGGAGUUGGAGUGGGGGUUGGCCAGUGAAGUUACACACACCGAACACAGUCCACAUUUAACAACACAGUCCUCGUCGGGGAGAUGCGCAAAGAAACCAACAUAUAUCCACCAUUCCAAGUCAGCUGAUACGCAGAAAUCCAGAGUGAAUCUAAAUACACAUUUAUCUUUUUUUUUUUUCAUUUUUCAGAAGUAUAU